AUGAGCGAGCCGGAAGAGCGAGCUGCGCGUAAAGCGCCGCCCUCGCUGUUGAAGACGCUGCUGGCCAAAGGACAGAGCGCCAAGGACGCGCUGACGCACGACGGGAACAACGCCUCCAUCAUUUUAGAUGACAAGACGUCGCGCGAAACGCCGUGGACGCCCAAGAGCUUGGGGCGAGCCAAGACUGCCAUCAUCUACAAACAAACGCUGAAUGACACGCUGUUGGUGCUGGAGCGCAAUAUGUUUUUCAUCAGCGGAUGGGUGCCGUACUUCGUUUCCCUGCAGGAAGACAGCAUCCUCAUGUUCACUAGUCGCGAGAGGUGGGAGCAAGGGCUGAAACCCGACAAGAUUAUUGAGCUGCACCACAUGAUGCUGCUCGGUGACAUGAAGGUUGACGUAGUCGACAAAUACUCAUCGCUCCACGACGAAAGCGGCAGCUUGCGAUUAUUUCGACGCAAACUGUUGGAAACAGACGAGCUCGAUGAGUGGCUGAACGAAGAACUGCGUCAAAGCUUGGUGGUCUCGUCGGGUAGCACAAUCGAUACGCUCGCUGCGAACAACCCGAAUGCGAGCACGCACAGCAUCUUAGAGUUCGGUUCCUACAGCCAGAAUACGUUCGAGUUGUGGACAAAAGCGAUUCGCCACAUUCUUACAAUCAAGCGCGAAGAGCAUGCUAGCGGUUCUCGCAGCAAUCAACCCAAGGAAAACGAAGCGGAAAAGCAGUCGGGUGGCGAAUCGACAUCUACAGCAACAUCGACUAAAAGCUGGGUGUCCCCAGGGCAAGAUUCCAAGGUGACUCUUCUUCAAAGUGAACUCUGGUGCCACCGCGUUCUUUCAGGUGAAAAGGAAAAAGCAGAGUCGGAGAUGCGACGAAUAGUGGCAAUGGAGAAGCUCGUGGCUCAAGUUACCCACCCGCAAAUGGCGCUACUGGUGUAUGAGAAGGUGAGCCGCGUGCACGAGCUAUUCUCCGCCAACUGCAGGCGGGAGAUUGAACUACUCGACCGAAGGGAAACCCCAAUGUCGGCAGAGGUGCUCAACUUCUUCGCAGAUCAUCUGAAAAGGAAGUACUCUGUCUUUCUGAUCCUUGCACUAGCCUACGGGGUUCAAGAGGAAGAGAUUCGAGAAGCUCAUGAGCGGAUGUGUUUAGAGAACGCUGCUGUGAAUGCUGGCGUUGGUGGAGGGAGUGGAGAGCAGCAGCGGACUGUCGCGUCCUAUGGGUUUGAAGACCCGGAGAGUAUCGAGCUAUACGAAAAAUACCGUGAUGCUGCUCUCAAUUACCACAAAAUGAACUACGGGGACACAGCUGCAGCGGAGGAGGAAGAUGCCAUCAUGCACCUGCCAGUCAUGCUGCAAGUCGCUGUCGUUCGACAGGUUUUCGAAGAGUCAAGCGCAAUGCUCUCCAUUCUGAACACUGUCAAGGCUCGUCUAAUGGAGCACUGCGCCCAAGAGAAUGAUUCCUAG